UGCAUGCAUCUGCACGAACACGCGACGACAAAAGCGGUGUGUCUAUGCAACGUUCGUUCUCGAGAACCCCGUCUUGGGUUCGCCCUACACGCUGCGCGCCACCGAUUCAAUGGCGUCAGCCCUUUCCCCUGAUGCUUCCCGGUCUUUCCUGACAGCACAUGAGGCUAGGGGGCAUAAUAUCGGAUGCGCGUGUUCCCAUUCUGCGAGCUAUAUCGUGGCAUCGCGCGCAGCGUAGACCGGUCGCGGUCGCCUUACAUGGCACAGUCUAUCCUGCACCUGCCUGUUGCCCAUCGCCGCGAGGUGUUGCCUGGACGUCACUGAUAGUGGUACCUUCCCAGCCAUACUAGGAGACAAGACGCUGGGAUGCUCUGAAUACUAAUAUGACGAAGCUGCUUGCGAACGUCGCCCUUCUUGUCUUUCGCCCAUACUCUCACUCGCUAUGCCCAGGAAGUCGCAGAAACAUUCCUCUGCUCUGUCGUCUCACUCUCCGCAUGCGUCCGGCUCGGGCUCAGCAUCAUUGAGUUCGUCAUCGUCGGCCUCCUCCAGCCUUCCUACGCCUCCCGCCCCCGCACCGAUCCCCGAAUACGACCCCAAGCCAGAACUAGUCCAAGAUCCUCCAUUCCUCCGUCUCCCCGGUCUCUUAUGGGCCAGCCCACCAGCCUACCCCUCCACAUGGGAGCAACCGGGGAAGUUUUGGGACCAUACCAUACCACUCAACGGACAACAUGCUCUCUUGGAAACGCCACCUGCGUCAUCGGAACCUCUCGACGGACGCUGUUCCCCCGUUUCAUUAGGCGAAGUAUCACGUCCACCAUCGCCCGCGGCAAGCGCCGCCAGCUUCUCGUCCCGCGACAGCUCGGACUCCGGCGUAGUUGCGGACGCCCGCUCAAAGGCCUCGCAUGUUACGAGUAUCAGCAUACCGCCCUCCGUUGCGUCUCCCGCGCCGCACUCACAGCCGCCGCCGACGUCGUUCGGUCAUUCAUGGUUCUUCCAUGCGCCCGUGCCGAGCAAGCCGCUCUCGCUGAAGAACUUCUCGCCGAAGACGACGCGGCACAGCCAGUUCUACUUCACAGACGACCUUGUGACGUUGAACGUGGACGGGUGUCUCUUCAGGGUGCACCGCUGUUUCCUUGAGCGGGAGUCAACAUAUUUUAGGAAGCUUUUUGCCCGGGAGGAGGGGCGUGGGCUCUCAGAUGAAACUGCGAUUGAACUGCCGCAGGUUACGGUGGAGGCAUUUGAGAUCUUGCUACGCUUUGUCUACUCCGGGAUACACCAGCCAGCCUCGUGUACCGUAGAGGACUGGAUAUCACUCCUCUCCGCUGCAACCUCACUCUACUUCCCAAAGCUGCGCGAGCAUGCCCUGUGCGAGCUCGAGGCGCCGACAUCUUCCCUCGACCCGCUCGACCGACUGCUGCUCGCAGAUCGUUUCGAAAUCGCACGGUGGCGUACGCCGGCGUACGUCGCGCUCUGCAUGCGUGAGCACCCACUGCAAGAGUCCGAGGCUGCGCUGCUCGGUGUCAAGGUCGCAUCCCAGGUCGCCCAGGCUCGCGAGCGCGUGCUCGUUGACAUGCUCAUCCAAUGCCAGAGCGCACCGCGCACGAACAAGGCGGGGAACUGGGUACGGCCGCAGCCGACGAAAGAUCUUAGCAGGGUCGAGCAAAUCGUCGAGGGUGUGUUUUGGCCGAAUGGGGUCUCUGCGACGUGCAGAUAAACAGAGCGAAGCCGACGCUUCACGGAAAUGAAGAUUAAGCCCAUCCUAUUGUUAUAUUCUGUAUGAUACAUUAUAUUUGGAGCGUUCCAUGCUGCUCUCCCAUAGUUACGGAAGAUGCAAUGUACAUGGCAGCAGAAUAGUGCUGCGAGUUUUUCAAUUCGUAGCCCAGUAAUAUUAAUUCGGGCCCGUCACCU